GAUGAUGUCAUUCGCCGUGGAAGACAAUUUGGAGUCGGACUGGGUGGCCGUGCGACCCAACGCCUUCGACGAGAAGGAGAAACACAAGUUUGUUUUCAUCGUAGCCUGGAAUGAAGUGGAAGGAAAGUUUGCCAUAACCUGCCACAACAGGACGGUCCAGAGGAAGAGAAUUGGGGCGAGGGACCCGUGGCCAAGAGGGGAUGGGGAGGAGGAGGAGGGGGCCCAGAAGUCGCAGGGGCCCCUGGCCAGCGGGAGUCCAGCUCGAGGAGGUGCUGGGGCCAAGAGUCCAGCUCGAAGUGGGACUGGGCUCAGAAGCCCAGCCCGAGGAGGGACCAGCAUCAAGAGCCCAACUGCAAGGGAGGCUGGAGUCAGGAGUCCAUCUCAAGGAGGACCGGGGCUCCCUGAGGCUGCUUGGGGGGAUACCAGAGUGAUGGAUUACGUUGCGAGUGAGGCUGAUGUUUCCGGCCCAGUUCGAGAUGCUGCCUGUGUUCAAGAUUCUGCCCCAGCAGCUGAUAGGGAGCAGGACCAAGAAAAGGAUAUGGUGAUACCGGAUGACUGUAGUUGGGCUGGACUGUUCUCCUUCCAGGAUUUGAGAUCCAUUCAUCAGCAACUUUGUGCCGUAAGUUCAGAGUUAGAACCUUGUUUACCAGUGUUUCCUGAAGAGCCCUCAGGGAUGUGGUCAGUGCUCUUUGGAGCCUCUGAGGUGAUUGAUGGAGAGAUGGACUCACUCUGCUUACAGCUUCAAGUUUACCUUGGCCAUGCUCUGGAUGUUUGUGGAUGGAAAAUUCUCUCUCAUCUCCUGUUCACUGAAAACGAUAACCCAGACGAGUAUUAUGAGAGCUUGAGUGAGCUGAGGCAGAAAGGAUAUGAGGAGGUAUUGCACAGAGCCAAGAAACGAUUGCAGGAGCUGCUGGAGAAGCACAAGAUUACAGAGAUUAUGGUGGAACUGCUGGAACUUUACCAGGAAGAAGAUGAUGCCUAUAUUGCUUUGUCUGAAGCAACUACAGAACUCUACCAAUAUCUACUGCAACCGUUCAGAGAUAUGAGAGAACUGGCCAUGCUGCGACGUCAGCAGAUAAAGAUCUCGAUGGAAAAUGAUUACCUUGGCCCACGCAGAAUUGAGAGUCUGAAGAAAGAAGAUUCUGAUUGGCAAAGGAAAGCCCACAGGGCUGUACUAUCCAUACAGGAUUUGACAGUGAAGUACUUUGAGAUCACAGCCAAAGCACAGAAAGCUGUGUUUGAUCGGAUGCGUGCGGACCAGAAGAAAUGCGGGAAGGCAGCCUGGGCCGUGGCAGUAGAGAGGAUGGAAAAACUUCGGUACGCAGUUGCAAAGGAAACGUUACAGCUGAUGCGAGCAAAAGAGAUCUGCCUGGAGCAGAAAAAACGGGCACUUAAAGAUGAAAUGCAGAGCCUUCAGAGUGGCACAGAUUCAAUAGCACGGCUGGACCGGCUGGAGGCUGACUAUUACGACAUGCAGCUUCAGUUGUAUGAGGUGCAGUUUGAGAUCCUGAAAUGUGAGGAGCUGCUGUUAACGGCACAACUCGAAAGCAUUAAAAGGCUCAUUGCAGAAAAAAGAGAAGAAGUUGUUUAUUAUGACACUUAUGAAAGUAUGGAAGCCAUGCAAGCAACAGAAGAUAUGGCAGCGUCAAUGAUCCCACAGAAAGUGGAACUGCUGAAGCUUCAGCAGAAAGUUCGGCAACUAGAGGCUCGACGUAGUCGCAUUUCAGCCAAGAAGGCCUACCUCAGAAACAAAAAGGAAAUCUGUAUUGAAAGCCACAAUGAGAAGAUGAAGCAGCACAAACAAAAUGAAGAAGAGUACAGAAGCCAUCAUGCUAGAAAGCAGAUGCGUAAUCAACAGCAGGAGGAAGAGAAAAACAGUAAAUGGGUUAGCCAGGAGCGGCAGAAAACGUUGGAUAGGCUCCGCAACUUUAAACAGAAGUACCCUGGACAAGUUGUACUUAAAUCCACAAGACUACGUUUCACAGAUGUCAGAAGAAAAGAUAAUACAGGUUCAGUGGCCUGUGCUAGCAGAGACCAAACACAUACUCUUCCAGGAACCUUGCAACUACAAGAAACAGCUGACGAAGAAACCUCACCUGUAAAGAAGGGAACAAAGUUCAUUGGAGCAACAGAAUUGAGAACCACAGCACAAGAGCAGGAAUGUGUUUCUUUCCAGUCAGGAGAUGAUGCCACCCCUGAAUUGUUGCAACCCAUUUCACUUCCAAGCCCCUGUAGUGAAGAGCUCAGUAACAUUGAUGUAGUUCCUCCACCACCCCCACCUCCAUUACCCCCUCCUCCUCCACCAAUGCCAGUUUGUGAAGAAUCAUCCAAUACUCAGCAACAAGCAGAGAAAUCUGCUCAGUCAGGUGACUGCAAAGAAAUAUCGCAAUCUGUCAGUUCACCAACACCUCAGUUAUUUGACAGCAAGCAGCUAUUAAAUGCCAGGAAAAAAUUAAAGAAAACUGCAUCUAGUGAUGAGCUGAAAAAACAAAGAGUGAGCUCACCGAUGGAUGAAGUUCUAGCUUCUCUGAAACGGGGUAGCUUCCACUUACGAAAAGUUGACCUGCGUUCUCUGCCUCCAUUUCCAAAUGAAGAUGACAGCAAUAAUAUACUUGCACAAAUUAGGAAAGGAGUAAAGUUGAAGAAGGUUCGGAAAGAAGCUCUGAGAGAAUCCUCCAUUGAUUUGCAUGAUGCUGAUCCUCUAACACGCAGCAUCCAUGAAGCUUUAAGGAGAAUUAAAGAGGCAUCACCAGAAUCAGAGGAUGAUGAGGAUGAAGGCUUACCAUAUACUGAUUGGGAGAACUAACUGUUAUUGGCCAAGCCUAUAAGGCUUACAUGUUGUAAACAUAACCUUGCCCUUCCUUCCAUUGUGCAAUUAAUUGUUUGUGGCCCUGUAGCGAAGUUGGUGGUCGCUGAGUGGUAGAGAGGUGUUUCCCUUGAAGCUGUGCCUAAAAUGAAGUCUCCUAACAUCUAAACUAAUAAGUGUGUAUACUAUAUAACAUUUAAAAUUUCCACAACCCCUCUUCACAGUUGAUGAAAGAUUUCAUGGCACUGAGCAAUUGUCUGGUCAAAAGUUGCUUUUAUUGGUCAUGAUUAAGUUCUAUUCUCAGUAAAUUUAUACAGAUCCCACUUAAUUAGCAUGAUAUUUUUUGCCAUUUUUAUCUGAUAUGGUAAUUGAGCAUGAUAAAGAAAAUACCACUGUCUUAAAACAGCUCUAGUUUUCCUUCUGUACAUUAUUAGAGGGUACAGUUUGACCUGGGAAACAUGGCUUAAGUGUAGCUUGACCCUCAAAGGCUCCCUCUACCAUAGGAGCUUUGUUUUCAUCAAAGUCCAAAAGAAGAUACCCAUACCCAACAAAACUGUGGAAGAAUAAAAGAGUUCAGAUGCCUUAAUAAAUGGACACAAAGUAUACUUGCAGGUUGGUUUUAGCUGUUCUACAAAUUAUUGGAUUUCAUCUUGUGUACUGUAAAGUUAAACAUUUUUGCAUUAAUAUUUUGCUUUAUACCCCUCAAUUGACCUUUACAAAAGUGUAUCUGUACGAGUAGCCUACCGUCUGUCAUUAAUUACUGUAAUUGGUACUGUAAAAGUUUAGUAAUUAAUAAAAUGGGCCAAUAGGGAUAGCAGCUAAAAUAAUUCACUGCAAAAUAAUAGUUUUACAGAACUUAAGAUUAUAUGAAAUUAUAUAGCACAUUGAUUUUAAAACCUAUUUAUAUAGAAAAGUCAUGUAAAUUGAUUCAAUUAAGUUGUAGGCUGACUGAUUUAUAUUUUUCAAAUUAUAUGUGCAAAAACAGAUUGCCUUAUGUAUGUCUGAAAGAUAUUUUUUAUGAAGUUUCAGAUAAAGUUUUAUUCACUGUAACAAGUCAAUUUGGCUGUGACAAAAUACAGCUAUUUCCCAAGCCUUUUAAAACCUAAGCUUGGUGUCACUUAGCCACUACACCUUGAUUUAUCGUCUUCUCUCUGACUUUUUGAAAAUUGGCCAUGUCCUAUGUUUUGGGCCUCAGCCCUAGAAGGCUUAUAGAAAAGAAAAAGCAUGACUCUGACAUAUUCAGGUACAUGGCUGGCGUUAAAAUGCACUGUCUAUGUGGAUAUUUUAAAUGCAGAAUUCUGGUUCCUACUGUGUGCUUAAAUUUGUUACAGCAGAGAAAUGCACUUAAAUAGCACUUAGUAUAGCACCGCACCUGUGUACGAAUGAGUGCUAACCCACAAUAUCAGUUUUCUUGGCAUAGGUUUAAUCAUCUAAAUGUCUAUUCAGAGGGUUGUUUCUUGAUAUUCCUCUUGGGUGUAGCCCAUUUACUUGAGGGCUGAAGUUGUGGGCAGAUCCUAUUUGAAUGGCUUUAUUGCCUUUAGAUUUGGAACCAGAGGGAACAAGGGCAUGGCAUAAACAGAAAAAGGAGAACAUUUAAAUUGUUAGAAAAUAAAGCUUCUUAUGUAGUCAAUGAACAUCAAAAUUGCUUUAAACACAAACCCCUUGAGGAACCAAAACUUUGCCAUAGCCCUAAUUCAAAUAAAAUAGAAUUAAAUCAUUUCAGAAAACUUGUAUAUGUGAGGAAUGUUUCACGUAGACUCAAUAGGAACUGCUGGUUUAAAAUCUAGGUUUUAAGUAACACUGACAGAUUUGUAUUUAUUUUAUUUAUUACAUGUGUAUAUCAUAGACUGUAGAACUACUUUGCUGUUAAGGAAGGAAAACUGGGAUCAGUGUUUGCAGAUGAAAUUUUUUUCAAUCACGCUUAGCUAUCUUUUUCCUUGGAUCAAGAUUACCUGAGUUUGAUAUAGGCUUUUACAUACUUAUAGCGGAUAAUGAACCAUGAUGUGUUUGGCAGCGAAGAACAGGAAUCACUGACUUUCCUGUAAAUAAACUGCUUCACAGCUGGUUUUAAAAUAUAAUUGUAAUACUUUUAACAAAAUACAUGAUUCCAGGAUCAUUUAUUGGUUAUACCCAUAGAAAUACGAUGUAGAAAGUAAUGUGUUUAUAAAUGAUUAUUAUCAGUUAAAAUAGCAUGAACAACCAAUUGGAGAGGAAGAAAGCAAGCAAAACUUUGUCAGGACAUUGCUGAACUGAGUUGCUAUGAAUUCUGAAUCCAAAUUUCAUAACUGUUGUGCCACAUUGUACCUUUUAGUGCACUGAUCAAACAUCCUAAACUGAACAUGAAGAAAAUUUAACAACUUCUGAAAUAGCAUGUGGAUAUGAAAGUAUCAGUUACUUUGGCAAUUAAUUUUAUCUGCUAUGAUGUAGCUUCUUACACGUUUAUAAUUUAAUAAUAUGCUUUUUGAAUUAGACGUUAGUGCUGAGAGCAUAUUUUAGGUUUGUUUUACAUUAUUGAUCUUUGUGCGUGUGUGAGUCAUUUGAUUAUUUAGCAUAAAACUGACUUAUGAAAGAGCAAUUAUUUAUUUUCACAAGCAUUGUGUAUGUAUUAGAAAUAGAACACUACAUAGAUUUGCUUGUUAAUCAGGUUUUAUUUUAUUAUUCAUGACAGCCUGUUUAAAUUUUUAGUUUUUAAUGAGCAUUUUUAAGACACUAGAUAAACUGUCCCUGACAUUACAAUGAUUUUAAGUGAUGUAUUCCCUAGCUAUAAUUUAAAAAAAGAACUUUCUGGCAGACUUUGAUGAGUUUUAUGGAUGUUUAAGCACCUGUUUAGUUGAACCUGGGACAGUCCUUUUUUAAAAAAAUAAACUGACUCGGUUCUGAGGUUGAUGAUGAGUACUCUGCAUUGGAUUGUUUCCUAAAGGAUGAGUUUGUUUCAUUCCUGUUACUAAAUAUCAGUUGACAAUACCUAAGUGAGCACAAGUUGGCAGACUCAGCACGAACAUAGCAACUUUAUAAAAUGACAGUGGGAGGUUGCUCGGUUUGUUCUGUCAACAAUGAAGCAUUAUGCAAUUCUUUUGCAUGUUUUGUGAUACUAUACUAGAUUUAGUAGAAUAAUUUGCAGUUAUCUAGAGGUAUAAGUAACAAAAUCCUUCAGUGUUUGAAGUGACAUCCAUAUUUGGGACUAAGAAUACAAUAUCAGCUUGCAAUGUACGCAUGUUGCUUUAGACACUCUGGGGAGGGGAAGGGAAAGAAAAUCAGAUUAAAUUCCUUAAUUAAGCUUUGUUUAUGCAUUAAAUAAUUUGAAAUGUUUUAUCUGACCUCCUAAAUUCAGACUAACUUUAAUGACGGGAUAACAUGGCUGCAGGCAGCACAUAAUGUUGACCUUGCAAUUGUUAGGUUGCAGUUUCGGGUGCUUAUGUACUAUUUAUAAGCAUUUUGAACUUGUGCAGUGGUGUGGUUCAUUUGCAUGGGAUUUUCCAGUACAGUAUUCAUUAGUUGCUUUAAUUUAAAUGAAAGAGUCUUUUAGAACUUUUUGCCUAUGAGCCGCUCAGCACAUCAACUAAUUUUUGUUAUUGACAUUUUUAAUAGUUGCAAUUUCUUUAGCUGGUAGUGAUCACUUGCUCUUCUGUGAUUACUCAUAUAAAACUUGAGAUUAUUUCCUGUUAAUAAGCCAAAGUGUUGCAUAUUAAUUACAUGCAGGGGUUGGAUUGCCGUAGCAGACUGGUGCGCAGGUAUGUGUGUAGGAGAACAAAACAUAUUGCAGAGAGAGAAAAGGCUUUAAUAAAUAUUAUCACUGUUCAAUUAAUAUUUUCAUGCUGUGCUUAUUUUUUCAAUAGUGAUUAUGUUUAUGAACUGUUUGAAGUGUAGUUUUUUGAAUGCUACAAUUAGGUUAAACCUUUGUUUCACAUCCAUUCCCUAUUUUGAAAUGCCACAUUAGGAAAAUUUUCAUACAUGAAACAUGAAUUUAACUGUAGUUGUGUAAGAAGGAGAAUUCCAAACAUUUACCUGAUGCACUUAAUUCCUAGAAAAAUAAAUAAAGUGGAAGAAUUAACCAAAGAAAGCAUUGGAAUUGCUGAAAAAGACCAAGAUCCGUCUAGUUUGCCUUCUGUCGUCCUAGUAUUUGAAUGAUACAAGAAUAAUAGAAUUGGUAACUAAUCACAGCAAUAAAUCUUUAACAUUUAGUCUGCAACAGACCCAGCAAUGAUGACAAGGAAAACCAUAGGUCCAAAGUGUUGCAUAUCAAUUACAUGCAAGAAUUCAUUGCCAAGCAUUCUACACUUAGCACAUGGCAUUUCUCAAUUUACUCAGUAUUGUAUCCCAAAAUAUUUUCUGAAGGAAAUCUAUCUAAUUUGCAUUUGAAUAUAUAACUGCUUCAACCAUCACCCUAAGCAGCCUAUUCCACACACUGACCACUCUUUCAUUGAAAUAUUGCCUCUGAAGAUUAUUUCUGAAUUUACUCCCUUUGAGUGCAGGCCAUGUUCUGGACAAGGUUAGGUGUGCCUCUCAACAUAUUUUUGGAUCUCUGUCAUAAAUGUUCCUUUGCUUUUUCUGAUGUCAUAAUUGCUAGUUAACAGUUCAGGCUGUAGAAAUCUGCAUUGUAAUCUGUUAACUGUAUGUAACAUUACUAAUGGAAGCUGUUUUUGUCAAUUCACUAUUGUAACCUUCCUUCGAUUAAAAAAAUACAAUAUUUUAAUUAAAUUGCUCCACCUCUGAAAAUAUAUUAAUAAAUGGGUGGGAAAGAAAGUGGCUUUGAAAGGAGUUUGUUCUGAUGUUCAUGCAUGUGAUUUGAUCAAUGCCAUGCAUUGGUUACAAUUCAAUGUUUACAAAGUUUAAAAAGAAAUAAGUCCAGUUCAGCUUCGACCAGUGAUAAUUUAUUACUGUAAUGACAAUUAAUAUGAUAAAAGUAAGUUAAGUGAAUUAGGCCCCACCUUUUGUGUGCUGGACUACUUCAUAAUUCAUUUUUCUAUGUAGAAAAAUAUUUCCACAAAGGAAAAGGGUCCAAAUUGACAGGAGAAAAAACAAUUAUACAAUUUGAACUUAAUUUUUUCAGAAUGGUACUUAGCAGGUUUCUUUUAAAUCUUUGCAGCCUAUGUUUAUAAUAAUGGCUACAAGGGCUUUAACCCAUAAAGCUGACCUUGAACCAUGACUGACAAGAUUUCAAGUAAAUCAUAGAUUCUGCCACAAGUGGGAUACAAUUCCUAUUCCUCAUAAGUAUUCAAUUUAUAUCAUACUUUAGUUUAUUACCAUUGUGGUUUGGUUUCAGUGUAUAGCUGAAUGAGUUGAGAGUGACACUGAAGUUUAUUAUGUCAUAUGUUGGUUUAGUUAUGUUUGUUUUGAGCUCUGCUUUAAAAAGAAUUUGGAAAGAAGUGCUUCCUUUAAUCAUAGUAUGUAUUUUACAUGAAAUGACCUAAUGGCAGAGCAGAGAAGAGCUGCAAGGUUCCUUCAUAACCAAAUAAUUGACUUCUGAAGAAAAUUUGUUAAAACAUGAGCUUUUAGCCUUGGAAAAAAUGGAGCAGUGAGGCAGCCUCUUAAGCUAUGAUGUGGUAUACAUAUUUAGGCCAAUAGAAAGGGGCACAGGUUCAAGCUGGCAAGAGCUAAAUUUAGGAUUGAUGUCAGAAAAUUCUUUGUUUAAACAAAGACUGAUAAAUAUCUGGAUGUUCUUUGGUGUAGUGAAGUCAAUUCCUUGGAAUUAUUUAAUAAAUGGUUGGAUUAGUGAUGGUCGGAACUGUAUGGAUUAAUGAACUAGGAUAGGGCGAAUGGCAUUCCUCACUAGUUGAUCUAAUGAUUUAUGACAUCACAUUCUUAAAUACUAGUGAACCUAAUUAAAUAUGAUACUGUGUCCCUUUCUUGGUUAUUGAGUUACUCUGCUUUUGAAUUUUCAUAUUUUCCCAUUUUCCUUUAUGAAGAUGUCCUUUUUUUCUCAAAGUUAAGUGGCUCUUUCAGUUGCAAGUGUCUCCUUUGGUAGCAAUUAGUUGGGUCCUGAAAUAUUUCAUGUUCUAAAAAUUGAAUAAAUGGUUGAUUUUAAUCUAGUUAUUGGUUAAUAUUUCAUGAAAUAACCCAUUGUGAAUUACUACUUUCGGCCCAAAAUAAAAUUAUCCCCAGGUCACCUUACUUACUGAGCAAAUACUAUGAAUGAAUACCUUUCACAGAAUCAGAAACCUGUAAAACUAAUUGGAGGUAAUACUGUAUGAAUUAACAGCUCACAUCUGUAUCUUCCUGCAUUAGAUAUGCAGAGUAAGGAGGGAAUCUGUUGUCCAAUGAAAAAUAUUCUGCAAUUUUCUCCUCUCUCCUAAGGCAAAUGUAAAAUGGUGUUCCAUAACAUUAAAAAAAGCUGGGGAAACAUGUAACAUUUCAGUGGGGGCAGGAAAGAGGGAAUGCUUGAAAUUAUACUAAGUUCAAAGACUUGUGUUGCUCUUGCUGUUAAAUCUGACAUUGCUUUUGAUGAUGUUUUUACAUCUAGGCAUUCUGUAUUAUCACCUUUUUAACCAGACAGCAGACAACAGAACUUUACUAUAGAACAUCAUGGCAUUCUUUAAGCUUGUGACAGAAAUUGUAAAUUUUGCCUAAUAACUAGAUCUUAAAGGCACUGUUUAAUAUCAUUGCUAUUUAACUGGUGUGUAUUGAUAUGUUGAAGUUAUAGUUACAAAAAUAAACAAGCCAUGGAGUACAUCAACAGGGUUUCAGAUAAGUCUACCCUGUUGCAGCGUGAAGUAAUUCAGGUGUGUGUGGCAACCAGCUGUUCAACCAAACCACAGCAAAAAUGUUUAAAAAAUCAGAGAUUUUCUUCUUCCUAUAAAAAUCAAAAAUUAAUUUAUUUCUUCUGUACAGGCAGACAUUUUAAAUAUUCAGAUAAUUUAAGUAAGAUAACUUUUAUAUAAUUGGUGGAAAGUUAAGACCAGUGUGAGAAUGCUUGUGAUUGGAAUGCUCUUAUUAAGCCAUCAAUAAGUGGAGAUCAUCUGUGGCACCCUGAGUGACCCCUAGCCUCUGACUGACUGGCUGGAAUAACUUGUUUCCUAAUUGGUCUGACAGUUCAGGAGCUGAUAAUGUUUUGGAAACUUAAUUUAGCUAAAUUAAGCGUAUUUUCUUAAAUAAAUCCUGGCCCUUUCAAAGACUGAAAGGAGUUUUAAAUUAUAUAUCUGUAUGUUUAAUAGAAAUAUUUUGCUUCAAGAUAUGAUGAAUGCAGAAAUGUUAUUUUUGUGGCAUUGAGAGUAGCUGUGCAUUUGAUUGAGACUGAUCUUGGGAGACUUGAGACAAUGGUAGUUGAGACUAUAUGUUUCGUGCUAUGCACCUUAAAAUCUGGAUCUUGCAUAUUCUGCAAUAGUUUAGAAGAAAGACUGGCAGAUGCACAUUUAUAUAGUGCACACUGAGUAUGUUUUAUGCUAAGAAUGCUGCAGUAGUAGAUAAGGUAGAUGUUGGUUGUUUCGGAUCUUGACAUUCUUCCAGGUGGAUGUUUGUUUGGUGUUGAACAGGAAGAAUACUAGAUUUGUGAAAAUAUUAUGUAAUGACAGAUCCUUGUUAUAUUCCCCCUUUCAUAUUCCAAAAUGUUUUAAAAUUCAAUUCCACAGAAGCAACAUGUAUAUAAAUAUGAUUCUUUUAUAAUUUCAAACUGGAAGUAAUGUUCCUAAACAAUUUGAUAUUUUUCCAUAGAUUUAUUAACCUAAUUUAAAUGAAUUUUAAGAGCUGAUGAGGCCUCUAGGACCAGUAAAUUCAAGCUUAAUUCUUUAGAAGUAUAUUUAUGGUUAGAAAUUGUGAGGAGUCUGAUAAAAAGCAGAUGUAAGAGUUAAUUCAGUGACCUAGUUAGUGCAGGGAGGGCAAGUUGUAGAAUCUGAGCACAAUCUUGCAGCUUUAACUCGGAAUCACCACUUUCUGUGAAAGCAUCAGUUUGCUGGGAAUUCAUGAAUAUGGCAUUACCCCUGGAGCAAGAAAAUUCUAUGGCACUUUUCUACCCAUCACUGGUCUAUAUCAAGCUCUAUAAGGCUUGUCAGAUCACAAAGUAGCACAAAAUAUGCAGUGCUUUGACUGGCAAUUAAAAUAAUUGGUAAGCAAUUAACCUAGGUAAUACUUAAGCAUAAUUACUGCAUUAAGUUGUGGCAUUUUUCCACUCAUUUUACAACAUUGUCCUUUUGACGUUAUUGAAAAAAAAACUGGUCAGCAUUAUUCUCCUUUUGCUUUUAAAGGUGGCUGGGAUAGACAGCUUGGUGUGCUUUCCUUUUUCCUUUCUAGUGCUGUUCUGUUUACAUCUGAUACAUUCACAAUAAAGCAGGUACUGUAUUUUUGUGGUGUUACCUCACCACAGAAUUAGACCACCUAUCAGCUUUAUGAUUUAAUGUUUUUGAUUUACACCUACUUUAUAUCGCCUAGAAAUGAAAUAACAGUCCUUUUGUAUGAUACAGUUCUACACCCUGCUUGUAAUACCCAAGGUACAGCAUUUCCAAAUCCAGCCAAUUAGAAGCUGCUUAGUUCUGUAGUUUACAGAUACUAAUGGGGUGAAGAAAAGGCAGAGUGACUGGCUUUGUGCAAUAUUUGAAUUCACUCUAAGAAACACACUAGCACAAUAUUUUAACUUCAUGGCAUUUAUCAUAUUUAAAAAGCAAAUUGUAUUCUGGUUAUAAUUAAGACAUCCACUGCACAGAAGAGUUGCUUUUAAUAAUAAUCCAGAAAAAUAAAGUAUUUAUUGAGCAACAAACAAGUAUAAAUGAAUUUUUAAACUUAAGCAUUUAUAUAGCAAUAUUAUGAAAUGUAAAAUACUUGCUGACUGUCUUUUUCUUCCUGUUUUAAUUAGCUUACCUGUGCUAUAAGACUCUGACUUCUGUCAUGUAAUCUUGAUAAGUUCUGUUUUAUUAAUUUUUAUUGGCGUAUUUAAGGCUGAAAGCCUCAAAAGUACUGCAAUCACCUCUUUUAACAUUGUAUUCACAGUUUUGGUGCUGAAAGAAAUUACUUUUAUUUCAUUCAAUAAAGUAUGAUAUUUA